GCCCCCACCAAAGCCUUCCCACCCACGGACGCGGCCGGCCCACGCAGACGGCCCCGAUUUACGGCUCCGUCCUCCCGCCGGCGCCCGCAAAACUCGCUCUGACUUAGAUCCUGGCAAUAAUGGAGUUAGCUUCCUUUUUACGUCACCCCCCGACUCGCUGCUGUUUAUUGAUUCCACACGGGUGUUUUCGAACUGCCUAAUACCAACCGUCUGGCCGCCUCAGCCCCGGCCAGGCCGCCGGCGCGGGAGGGAGAUGCAGCCGCAGCCUUGAGCGGGUAGUGCCGAAACCGUCCGCCACCCACCUCCGCUGAGCCCAGCACCGGCCAUGAGCGGCUUCUUCUCACGCCUGGACCCACGGCGGGUGCCGUGGGGGGCGGCGGGCCAUGCCCUGCGCGCCCGCGUCCUGCGGACCAAGCCCGUGGAGUCGAUGCUGGAGGGCACGGGGACCGCCGCCGGCCAGGGCGCCAGGUUGGCCAAGGUCCUCACCACCCUCGACCUCAUCUCCCUCGGCGUCGGGAGCUGCGUGGGCACCGGCAUGUACGUGGUGUCCGGCCUGGUGGCCAAGGAGAUGGCGGGGCCCGGGGUCAUCGUCUCCUUCAUCAUCGCCGCCGUCGCCUCCAUCUUGUCAGGCGUUUGCUACGCUGAGUUUGGCGUGCGGGUCCCCAAGACCACGGGCUCUGCUUACACCUACAGCUACGUGACGGUGGGGGAGUUCGUGGCGUUCUUUAUCGGCUGGAACCUCAUCCUGGAAUACCUGAUCGGCACGGCCGCGGGCGCCAGUGCCCUCAGCAGCAUGUUCGACUCACUGGCCAACCACACCAUCAGCCGAUGGAUGAUCAACAGCGUCGGGACGUUGAAUGGACUAGGGAAAGGAGAGGAGUCGUACCCUGACCUUCUUGCUCUGGUCAUUGCUGUCAUUGUCACCAUCAUCGUGGCCAUGGGGGUGAAGAACUCGGUGGGGCUGAACAACGUGCUCAACGUCAUUAACCUGGCAGUCUGGAUCUUCAUCAUGAUUGCUGGUCUCUUCUACGUCAAAGGUGACAACUGGUCUGAAGGGCAAUUCCUGCCGUUUGGAUGGCCGGGGGUGCUCAAAGGGGCUGCGACGUGUUUCUAUGCCUUCAUCGGCUUCGACAUCAUUGCUACCACAGGAGAAGAAGCGAAGAGUCCCAACACCUCCAUCCCCUACGCCAUCACGGCCUCUCUCGUCACAUGCUUGACAGCAUAUGUGUCUGUGAGCAUCAUCCUCACGCUGAUGGUGCCCUACGAUGCCAUCGACACCGAGUCCCCGCUGAUGGAAAUGUUUGUGGCCCAUGGCUUCUACGCAGCCAAGUUCAUCGUUGCCAUUGGGUCCGUGGCUGGCCUGACCGUCAGCUUGCUGGGCUCCCUCUUCCCAAUGCCAAGAGUCAUUUACGCCAUGGCUGGUGACGGGCUGCUCUUCAGAUUUUUGUCCCACAUCAGUUCUUACACGGAAACACCCGUAGUGGCUUGUAUCGUCUCCGGAUUCCUUGCAGCACUGCUCUCCUUGCUGGUCAGCCUGAGGGACCUGAUAGAAAUGAUGUCCAUCGGCACGCUGCUCGCCUACACGCUGGUCUCCGUCUGUGUCCUGCUCCUCCGAUACCAGCCCGAGAGCGACAUCGAUGGCUUCGUCAAAUUCCUCUCCGAGGAGCACACCAAGAAGAAGGAGGGCAUCCUGGCCGACUGCGAGAAGGAAGCUUGCUCCCCAGGGAGCGAAGGAGAAGAGUUCGCUGGCCCACCGACCAACACGUGCGGGGCAAAAAAUCUGCCGUCGCUGGGGGAUAACGAGAUGCUAAUUGGGAAAUCUGAUAAAUCCACCUACAACGUGAAUCACCCCAAUUACGGCACGGUUGACAUGACCUCGGGGAUAGAGGCAGAUGAGUCUGAGAACAUCUACCUCAUCAAGCUGAAGAAGUUGAUUGGCCCUCGCUACUACACCAUGAGGAUCCACCUCGGACUGCCGGGGAAAAUGGACCGCCCCACGGCAGCCACCGGCCACACGGUCACCACCUGCGUGCUCCUCCUCUUUGUCCUGAUGUUCAUCUUCUGCUCCUUCAUCAUUUUCGGGGCAGACUACAUCUACGAGCAGAGCUGGUGGGCUGUCCUCCUCGUCGUGCUGAUGAUCCUGCUCAUCGUCGUGCUGGUGUUUGUGAUCUUGCAGCAGCCAGAAAACCCCAAGAAGCUGCCCUACAUGGCACCUUGUCUCCCCUUCGUCCCUGCCUUUGCUAUGCUGGUGAAUAUCUAUCUCAUGCUGAAGCUCUCCACGGUCACGUGGAUCCGAUUUGCCGUCUGGUGUUUUGUGGGUCUGCUUAUCUACUUUGGCUACGGGAUGUGGAACAGCACGCUGGAGAUCAGCGCCCGGGAGGAGGCCCUCCACCAAAGCACCUACCAGCGCUACGACGUGGACGUCGACCCCUUCUCCGUGGACGACAGCUUCUCCUACGCCGCUGAGGGCGAGGGCUACCCGGGCUGGGGUCCCUCUGAGGACAAGAGCUUCUCAUACCAGCAAAUGGCAGGAGCAAAGGAAAGCCAUCGGACAAGUAGCAAGUCGAAAAGCAAAGGCAGGCACAAACCGCCGUCGGAGGCUCUCAUCGCCAACGACGAGUUGGACUACUCGCCCGAGUAGCGGGGCGGGCAGCAGGGCGUCGUGCCGCCCAGCCGAUGAGGAAGGGUCCCCGUGGCUCCCCCCCCCGUCCUGUCCCAUCCUCCCCGGGUCCUCCACCACCACCCCGCUCGCCUCCGGUCCUCGGGACGUGCUCUGCAAUUGCCGUUGACCCUGAACCAAACACACUCGUGGCCCGUCCCGGCUCCACCGGUCGGGUCUCGCUCCGGUGAAUGCCGGCUGAUCCUCCGGCACCGGUCGAUCUCCCGGCACCAGCUGCACUGGUGGAGGCGGUGGAGUGAGAGAUGUGCCAAACUGGGAGGGCAUUGAGAGGUAGAAGGAGCCGCACGAGGGGACAAGACGAGUUGUCCCUGGGGAAUGCCCACCCGAUGGCUGCAGCAGUGAGAUGUCACUCUUAUGUUUUUGGCACUUUCUUAGCGCGUGUGUUUUUUUCUUUGAACCACCCAGAAGUAGUAGCUGAGCCAGAGGGACAGACGGGUGGGUAGGUAUGAAAUGGAGAUGGACAAACCCCUUUCAAGGAAGUAGCUCAGAGGUGGAUCCAGGAAUGUUGGUCCCAUCACACGGCAUUUCCAUGGCCCGUUCUGGCGCAAAGGCACUCGGUGCACGCAGCAGUGCUACCCCUGUGUCCACCCCCACACCCCGAAUCCAAGCGUCCCAAAUACCGUGAUUCAAAAUUAGUCCGUGUCUCAAUCAAACCUUGAAGUCCCAGCACGGCCAAACAUCCCAAAUCUGCUGUUGGGAGCCUAGUCCCAUUUCUGGUCACAGCGAGGGCUGUGACCCGCUCUUGGCUCAACCCGCCUUUUGCGACUGGUCAACGAGGACCACCCACCAUUUCUCUGAGCAUCACCGGUCUGUGGCUGGGUGCUGUUUCCACCACGUCGUGUCUUUUACAAAAAUGACUGCGCCGUAAUUCCCUCACCGCGGUGGGCCCAUUUCAGCGCUCGCUCUGGCCUCCCUCGGUGCUUCAGGGACAUGUCCAUGCCCCCGCAAAUAGCGACGUCCGUGGGUCAGCCGUGUCUUGGCAGGGCUGGGGCCACACGUGGUAAGCGGAGACGACCCGGCUGCUGAAAUCUCUCUCCCUGCUGCCGUCUCCACCUUGUACCAUCUUCUCUGUUUCUGACCCUGGCUUGGUGGACGCUGUAUGAAAAACCACUGAAAUGCUGCUCGUUCUAUAAGUGUCCGUAUUUCAAUUUGAAACCAAACAGAGCUGGUGGCUGGCAGGGCAGAGGUGGUCAGCAGGUGAACGUUUCUCAUAGUUAAAUCCUCCGGUAUGGCCCGAGCACGGCCACGACCCCCAGCAGUGCCAUCAGGUUCCCUGCCGCCAGCGUUCCCGCAGCACCGUCGGCGGUGAUGGGAUUUGGUCGCAAGCACCGUCUCCCCCGGCACAGGCAGCAGCGGCACUGCCGAGUCAGCGAUUAGCAGCAGGUCCAGUUCUGGAGCCCAUCACCACCAUGCUUAGUUUAACACACCGCAACGGAGGAACAUCUUUUUGAAUAAAUAAUAACCGAGGAAGCCCCCCCAUCAGGCAGCGACACCCAUCCUCCUCCCGGCUGCCGAAGGCUGCGGCCGGAUCCAUCCCCAGGGCUCCUCUGGAGCAGCCCAGACCCACUCCCAGUACCAGGGGCUGCUGCUGGCAUCCCAGGGGACAAUUUAACAUCGACAGGGGCACGAGGCAGGAUUUCCAACAUGUGAUGCUGAGAACCACUAACACUUUGGUUCACUGGAUGAGGCUCAGCCCCCCGAAACACAGCGCAGAGCCUGCCUGGCACCCUCUGUGGGCAAGCGGGCUGCUGGGUGCAGAGGGUGCCUGGACCCACGCCUGUCCCCAUCGCUCCUGGGGCUCAAGGGCUCGAUGGAGAAGCUCUGCCCAUGGCCGCAAAAGUUUCCCUGCAGCUCCUGUCCCAAACGGUCACAAACUACAGUCCUUUUCCCAGCGGAGAAGAGCAUGCGAUUCUGCAGAUCUUAAACCAGAACGCCCCGGGCAAGCCGAGGGAAGUUUGGCCUCUGCGAGGGCUUCAGGAUGGGAGCGAGGAUUUGGCGAAAGGACCUGUAAGCUUCGCUCUGGCAUCCUCUCCCGCUGCCCGCCCCACCGUGCUUUUACAAGCAGAAAUCCCGAGCGUGUCCCACCGAAAAGCUGUUUGCAAUGUGCGCACUGCUCACGGGCCAGCUCGGGAAACCUUCCCGGCGGUGCUGAGCACCUCUCGCACAGGUCACCUCUCACUCGCGCUUGGCUGCUCUCAUCCUCGAUGCCUUAGAAGUACCCAAGAGAGAUGGCACCUCACAGGUCUGGCUUUACAUUUUCAGGGAGAAAGACUGAUGCUGUUUUCCUACCAGCUCUUGUACUAUACCACAACCGAGGUAGUCGUCUUCGUCCUGCUUCCGCAUGGUAUUUAGGCGUCUGCCGAACCGCAAACUCAUGCCCAAGUACCCUGUCGAAUCGAAGCCUGUUAUUCCUUUUGCAGCCUUAAUCUCUCGCUACAGAGCAGUUACCAGUGCCAGUGUCUGUCGUCCCGUCCGCUCUAGUCAUGCCCUAUUUGACGAGGGCUCGAUCCCUCGCUAUUUGGCAUCCGUAGGAACCUCUCCGUCGGAUCCGUGCAUCGAGUGAAGCCCUUGGGCUGCUCUUGUUCCCGGUCACCCAUCCUCCUUCCCCUUCCCGGGGAAGGACCGGGGGCAGGACGGCCGCGCCGCGUCCCGGGGACCGCCGGGAAACAGCGUUUGAUGCCACGGCGCCGUCUGACGCGGACGGGGGCUGCCGUCAGCCCUCGCCGCGUCGGGGCGGGUGGGAGCCGGACCCUCCUCCCGAGCCCACCACGUCCCACCUAACGAAGGUGCGUAAGGAGAAGGCGGCCGAGCCGCAGGUCGGGUCUUACCUGGGUUUGCCCGUGACCGAGCGGCCGGUGCCCAGAGAGGCCGGUUUGCGGCGGGGGUUCCCCCACCCUGCUCCGGGCGGCAGCGCCUGGGGGACGCGCGGGUCCGGCCUCCGUUUGGGAGCUCGCGCGUUUUUCCCUUGUAGCGGGCGUCGGGUUCUUCAACGGGCGCAAGCGAAAGCUGCAAAGGCCAAAACUUUCAGGCGUGUCCGUCGCCUCUGGGCACCGCUGGCCCCGGGGGGGUGGUUUCGGACGCUGGGAGGAGGUGCGAGUGCUUGUUUUGCCGUCACCCUAAAAUCCAGCCUUUCCCCCCGGGGUGUCCUCGGGGAGGUUCUCACACCCCUGACCCAUCAGGAGGACACGGGCAGAGCCGUACCGUCCCGUUCCCACCACCGGUGAGGGGCGCGCAGCCCCCCCCCUCGACCGUCCUCCGCGGGGGACGCACCCUGGGGGGGGGCCCGAUGCAUGCUACAGACGGAGAAUAAAUACCUCAGAUCUUCCAGACCGACUCUGUAAGAUCUCAGUCCCUCCACAAAUUCACUCCGCACGGUUAUGACCGCUCGGUACGAGGCCCAGCACGCCAGCAUCCUCCACACGGCAGAGAAAUCACACCGCAAACGACAUGGGAUGUUGUAAAUCCAGCUUGUAAAUGAUCUUCACUUCGUUUUGUUUGGUCUUUCUGAUGUAUAUCUUGCUUUUUUUGCAGAUGGUACUUUCUGGUGUAACAAUUCUCUGCAGUUCUGGUAUGAAAUUGGUGUAUUUGUUAAAAAAAGUUUGUUCUGUUAAUUAUUUUUUUUUUUUCUGUGGUUUCCAAAAGCCCAUUGGUGCAUUGUACAAUGGGAUCUUGUAGUGUGUCACGAGAAAGAAAAAAAUACGCAGAUA